AUGUCUGGCUCUGGAGCUCACUUUGACGGCGUGCGCGCUGCGGCGGCUGUCGGUAUCAUGACCAGCGGUAUCCUCUCAGGCGCAAUCAUCUCAGCCUCCGCCUGGGGCAUCCCCGCAAUCCUCACAACCGCCUCCUCAUCCUCCUCCGACGCGCCCCUCACGACCCUCCGCGCCUUCACCACGCUCUACAACCGCGGCAAGUCCACCGCGCCGCCCCUCGCGGCCCUCGCGUCCGCCUCGUUCGCCUACGCCGCGCUCCGCGCCUCGAACGUGCCGUUCAUUACCAACGGCUCGUUUGCCGCGGCGCAUAGGAGUUUGUUGUUUGGCGCGGCGGCGGUGUUGACGGUGGGGAUUGUGCCGUUUACGUUUGCGGUGAUGAUGAGGGGGAUUCGGGUGCUUGUUAGGGCGUCGGAGGGGGAGGGGGAGGCGAGGAAGCUGGGCGAGGGGAGGGCGGUUGAGGGGGUUGUGGCUUGGGGGGCGCAGAACUAUGUGAGGGGGUUGUUGCCGCUUGUUGGGUGUGCGUUGGGCACUUGGGCUUCGUUCGCGUCGUAA